AUGCUCGCAAGAUGUCACUGUAGACCACCUGGUUGUGAUCCGGUGAGCGGUACCUGUAGAAAUUCAGCAGGUGUAUGCGAUGACGGUUGGACAGGGUAUUCAUGUGACAAAGAGUGCCGGAACGGAACGUUUGGUCAAGGAUGUUCCCAGAGUUGUCACUGUAAAAUCCCUGGAUGUGAUCAUGUGACCGGACUUUGUUUUCACCAGGAAACCGGAUGUGAAGAUGGAUGGACAGGUUCAUCAUGUGACACAGCAUGUCCCACCGGAACGUUUGGCAGGUUAUGUGGCAUGAAGUGUCAUUGUAACGUCAUGGGUUGUGACCCAGUAACGGGUAUCUGCAUGAAUCAACACGAAGCAUGCGCAACAGGCUGGGCAGGUCCCUCGUGUGAUCAAGGUGAUAUUUAUAUCUUACAAGUUAAAACCUUUGGCAUAUCAAGUCCGACUCAAAUUUAG